AUGGCGGCCACCCAACCCUCCGCGUCGUCGGCCUCGGCCGCCGCGACGCCCGCCGCCGCCAAUGCCUCCUCCGACAGCAGCAGCAACCCCAAGGCCUCUGCCGAAAACUCCCCCGCGCCAUCUCCCGCCCCCAUUGACCGCACAAAGGACUCCUUCACUAAGCUCAUGGUGGAGCGCUACACGUCCCGCGACGCCAUCGCCGCCGCCGCCCUGUCGGACCAGCUCAACCACACGCGCAUAUCCACGAGCUACCAGCGACAAAAGAUUAACGAGUACCGCCACAUUCGAACAGACUACCAGCCCGUAUUCACCCCCAGCAGGUUAUACGGCGAGGGCUACAUGGGCUAUGCCAACGGCUUCACCGAGAUCCACGCCCCGGCCCGCAUCCUCUAUCCCAGCCAAAAGAUUCGACCCGGUCGCCGGGCGACGCCUCCCCUUAAAUACCCACGCAAAGACAUGCUCAAGCAGGCAGAACUCCACGAGGAGCUUGUUCCUGUCCGCAUUGAAGUCGAGUGGGACAAAUACAAGUUGCGCGACACCUUUACAUGGAACCUCCACGAUCGCCUACUCCCCGUCGAGCUCUUCGCCGCCCAGCUCGUCGAAGACAUCGGCUUGAAGCCUCCUGCCACCCAGCCCGUGUUUGACCAGAUUGUUGGCCAGAUGCGCGAACAGCUCAACGACUUUUACCCCUUUGUCUUCUCCGAAGAAGACGCGCUCGACCCCGAGUUGCCCUACUCUGCAUAUAAAAACGACGAAAUGAGAAUACUGGUCAAGCUCAACAUCACCAUUGGACAGCACACCCUCGUCGAUCAAUUCGAGUGGGAGCUCAACAACCCCUCCAACUCGCCCGAAGAGUUUGCUGCCAACAUGGCGCGCGACCUCUCCCUCUCCGGCGAGUUCACCACAGCCAUUGCGCACUGCAUCCGCGAACAGUCGCAACUAUUCACAAAGAGCCUCUACAGCGUCGGCCACCCUUUCGACGGCCGCCCGAUCGAGGACUCGGACCUCGUGUCUGCGUUCCUGCAGACGCCCGUGCCCGCCGUCUUCCGGCCACAGCAGCAGGCCAAGGAGUACGCACCCUACAUGUACGAGAUGAGCGAUGCCGACCUAGACCGCAACGAAACCAUCUUCUCCCGCGAGCAGCGGCGCCAGAAGCGCUCGAUCAAUCGGCGUGGAGGGCCCCAGCUUCCCGACCUGCGCGAGCGGCAGCGCACCAUCCGCACCCUCGUCGUCUCGUCGGUGCUGCCGGGCGCCGCCGGGAACCUCGAGGAGUCGGGCCUGCUCAAGCGCGCCGCUGCCGGGAGCCGCAAGCGGCCGACGCGUGAGGGCGGCGACAUCUCCGAGUCGGAGGAGAGCGAGGACUCGGCGCCCGAAUCGCCGGCGCCGCCGUCGCAGAUUGCCGGCACUGCCAGGACGCGCGGCAUGCGCGGCGCUGCGUCGGCCGCCCAGCACCGCAUGUCCAAUCUCGGACGCUCCGAGACGCCCGACGCCGUCGCCCUGCAACAGCAGCACCACGAGGGACGCGCCUCGCGCCGUUUCCGCGAGGAGACCGAAGACAUCCCUCGCCUCGUCGUUACGCUCAAGGUUAAUAAGGAUAAGUUCCGCCGGCUGCUCCGCGGCGAGUAUCGCUUCGCCCAGACGCCGCCGUCCCAGCCCCCGACGCCGUCACAGGGAACCACACCCAAGGUGCCCGCAAAGGCCAUCCCGACCUCCACCCCGUCGCGUGGUAUCAGCACCACACCGGUGCCCAUUCCUCACGUGGUUGGAAAGUUUCCUCCUGGCCAGAUUGGUCGCCUGCCAGCGCCGCCGCCCGUACCAGGCCAACAACAUACUCCGCCCAAUCCUCCCGAGUGGCUCGUCCAGGCUCUCAAGGGCCUCGAGAAGAAGUAUCCCGAUGGCGACCGCUUCGAGGCCAUCAUGAAGUACUCGUACCUCGACCCCGUCACCGAGCUGCCCGUGCAGAUACACCCGCUGCCCGAUGGCGUCAAGUACGCAUGGCUGCCGCGUAUCCGCUGCCUCGACUGCACGGCGAAGCUCUACACGCCGGGCCCGGACAUGACGGCGCAAAAGUUCGAGACUCACCUGCGCUUCUCAGGCCACCGCGAGGCGGUGCGCAGCCGCAUGCAGGCCGAGGGUCGUAGCGGGUCGACCACUUCUACAUAG